UGCGCUAUAAAUAUCGUCACACGUAUCAAGAUGAGCCUCUGAGAGCUUAUACAGGAUCAUCCAAUUGAGAUUAUGUUGAUUUUCGCUGCUUCCUAGGACCGCAUUUUCCUCGUCAAGUCGAUGUACCGACCCACCACCAAGAAUGAGUGGUGGUUCUGUGGGACCCUUUUGAUGCAAGGAUUGCUUGUCAUUAUCCUUGAAGUAUACAUCCUCGUGCAGUGGCUGUCGUGGGUCAAUUCCAAUGUAACCCAAAUUACCAUCUCCUAUGUAGUUCCCAUGGGCAUGGGCAUCGUGGUUUUCGCAAGCAUUUAUGAAGCAAUUCUCUCUCUGGAUGCAAUUCACCACAAAAACAAUGUUUCCUUGCUGGCCAUAUGCAUCAGCAAUAUCUGCAUUGUCGUGUAUUCGGUUCUGCAGUUCCUUAAAAUGCGAGGAGCUACCCGUUCUUUGCGAUAUGAGAAGGACGGAAUGGGUCACCCUCUCGUGGAUUCCUCCAGGGAUAUCUGGAAAUACAUGCGACCGGCGGAACUUGCUGUUCCCAUUAUCCUUGGCAUGGCAUCUCUGAUCAUUAUUCCUGCUGCCUAUAGACUUCACAAGGAUUAUGCCUGGGCAAUUUAUAAAUGCAUUCACGGUAGCGCAGAGCUCAGGGUGCGGUAUAUGGCAUACGAGAUAUAUCUGGUUUUGAUCAAGUUCAAUUUCUUUUUCUUGGUUGGCUUUAUCGUCCAGUACAACUUGAUCGAUGUUCAUUUUGCGGAGCCAGAAUACUCUCUCACCUUGGCUCUCAUCCCCACCGCCCUAGUGGUCAUGCUCCUCGGCAUCUACUGCGUGAAGUCGGAACGGAAAGUUGCCAUGGGCUUUGUCAUCGCUUGCUUUCUCGGAUUGAUUACAUAUUUACUAAGUCGGAUCAUCGUGCUCUGCGGAAACACUCGACGGGCAAACACUGCUAGCAAGGAGAUGAUGUUGCUUUUCGCGAUCGUCGCGUUGGUUCUUAACGUAUUGACUCUGGGAUGUGCGGUCCAGUGCGUCUUGAAUUUUGACUACGGACUGAAGAGGAUCACUCGGCAGGAGCACCGGUGGCCAGAAAAUGCCUAUGUCUUCGAAAGAGUUCCCGGGCAGUCAAGACCUUCUGUUGAUACGAGGUAUAAGCGUCUGUCACUGGAUUAAGGAAAUCCAUUCAGUGGAGAAGGCCUAUCUCUUUUAUCUUCAUUAUAUAAGUAUCUGUUUGGUGCACCGAUUCUCCAAUAGAUUUCAUUGGCCUUAGCUUAGUGCGUGCCUGUCCGUCUCUUUACUCCUCCCGGAGAUCCUGGAGAAAGAUUGGUAAAAAUAAAAGACCAACAAGUCUAGGAGAAAAGCUAGUGGAGAUGCACGGCACUUGACCCUGGAGGGGGUUUACCCGUUCAAACGUUAGUUCGUUUUAAAAUAGUCUUAGUGAUUGUUAAGUUAGGGCUGAGGGGCCGAUGUUCCCAAUUGACUCCAAAGGCGAGCGGUUAAGACCGCCGUGAAGAGGG